UAAUCUGAUUCAUUCAUUCUCUCUCAAUAAUUCAGCAGAGAUAUUGUGGAGAUUUUAUAUUAGAUUAUCCAUCCAUAGAUUAUGAGCUGACUGGGGAGUUGUUGUGCUCUGCGAUCUAGGGAUUGAUGGCUGAGAGCGGAUCGUAUAAUCUAGGGUUCCGUUUGGAUAUUAAGCAGAUACUAUCGGAAGCUCAAAAUCGGUGGCUGAGACCUGCUGAAAUUUGUGAAAUUCUUAGAAACCAUGAAAAGUUUCAUAUUUCUCCUGAGGCUCCGAACAAACCAGUUAGUGGUUCUGUUUUUCUUUUCAAUCGUAAGAUCUUAAGGUACUUCCGCAAGGAUGCUCAUAACUGGAGGAAGAAAAAGGAUGGGAAAACUGUCAAGGAAGCACAUGAGAAACUGAAGGUAAGCCAUUUGAUAGGACUGGAUCUCAUGCACAUAGUGUUUGUCCACUAUUUGGAAGUCAAGGGUAAUAAGACAAACAACAGCUAUGCUAGAAACAGUGACAGAGUAGUACCGAAUUCUGAAAAUGAGAGCUCACUAACUUCCAGUUUCCGUGGAACAAGCCCAACCAGCACCUUGUCUUCGGCAUAUGAAGAUGCUGAAUCUGAGAGCAAUCACCAAGUAAGUAACACACUUCAUUCAUAUUCGGAAUCCCCAUCGAUUGAUGAUACUGCCCAAUCAAGCUCUUAUAAUCAACUUUUUAAUUCAGGGGUUAAUAAAAAUGACGGAGGCAGUUUUAUAAGUGGGGCUCAAAUCACAGAAGGUUUGCCAUCAUGGCAGGAAUUUUUGCCAGACCCAGCUGCUGGAGAGACUGCUUAUGGACAAGAAUCACAGUGUUUUCUUCCUGCCCAGGACAAUUGGCAGGUGCUUAAUGCAUUGCUUGAUCAGAAAUCUCUUCCUUCAGAUCAAGGAGAGCAAUCUGGGCAAAGAAACAUUCAAAUGUUCCUCUCAGAUACAGAUACUGGAAAUGCAACAAAUUCAAAUAUGGAGGAUGGAAUGACGCUAACAGGAAGUGAAAGCUACUCUUUCCACCUGAGAAAGCCUCUGAUUAAUGGGUUGCAAACAGAAGACAGCUUGAAGAAAGUUGACAGCUUCUCCCGGUGGAUUGCUAAAGAAAUUGGAGAAGGUGGUGAUCUAGAUAUGCAGUCAAGUAAUGGACUUUCUUGGAGUAGUAUGGGAAGCGAGUAUGACCCUAUUAUGUCAGCUCAGCUGCAAGUGGAUACACAUACACUGAAUCCUUCAGUUUCGCAGGACCAGCUUUUUACUAUUAUUGACUUUUCACCUAGCUGGGCUUACUCAACUUUGGAUACAAAGGUCCUCAUUACUGGAAAAUUUCUUACGAGCAGUGAAGAGUUUUCUAGAUACAGAUGGUCCAUUAUGUUUGGAGAAAUGGAGGUUCAGGCAGACGUUUUAGCAGAUGGUAUUCUUUGUUGCUGUGCUCCAUUACAGAAUCCGGGACUUGUCCCUUUCUAUGUAACUUGUUCAAACAGGUUGGCUUGCAGCGAGUUGCGUGAAUUUGAAUAUAGGUCUGGACCAGACCAAAUUAUUGGUUCUAUCAAUUUAAGUGGAGAUAAUGCUAUUAUGAUGCAUCUCUAUCAGAGAUUUGAGAUGAUAUUGCACCGUGAACCUGUUGGAAGUCCUAUACAUUCUGGUGGAAAUGAAUUUGAAAGACUGAGUGUAACCAAUAAAAUAAUUUCAAUGAUGGAGGAGAAUGACCUGGAGGCAGAACUUUCAGAAAAUGAUGGGGCACAUCUGAAGGUGAUUGGGGAGAUGCUCCUUAAAAAGCAUCUUAAAGAAAAAUUUUACUCCUGGCUUCUAAGCCGGGCCGCUGAUGAUGGUAAGGGGCUUACAAUGAUUGACGAGAGAGGUCAAAAUGUGUUGCACCUGGCUGCUGCUCUAGGUUUUGAUUGGGCCAUCCAGCCAAUAAUAAUCUCAGGAGUUAGCAUAGAUUUCCGUGAUGUUUAUGGUUUUACAGCACUUCAUUGGGCCGCAGCUUAUGGCAGGGAGGAUGUAGUUGCUGUCCUUGUUUCUCUUGGUGCAUCUCCUGGACCACUGACGGAUCCAUCAGCUGAAUACCCACUGGGUAGAACUCCUGCAGACUUGGCUUCUUCUAGUGGACACAAGGGAAUAUCUGGCUUCCUUGCCGAGACGUCCUUGACGUCACACCUCUCAACUCUUAGAGUAAAUGAUGGUGGAACUGCAGAAGUUUCUGCAUUUGAACCAAUACAGACAGUUUCAGAACGCUUAGCAGUUCCAAGAACCGGAGCAGAUGUUCCAGAUACACUUUCACUAAAGGAUUCACUUGCUGCAGUAUGUAAUGCCAGACAAGCAGCAGCUCGCAUACACCAAAUUUUCCGAAUUCAGUCUUUUCAGAGGAAAAAGCUUAUUGAUCAGGAGUCUGAUGAUGAGUUGCUGACUCCAGAUGCUAUUUCUCUUGUAGCUGCUAAAACAUCCAGGCUUGGUCAUUCUGAUGGUAUGGCCAAUACUGCUGCUCUACAGAUUCAGAAAAAGUACCGUGGUUGGAAGAAAAGAAAAGAAUUUUUACUAAUUCGUCAAAAAAUUGUCAAAAUACAGGCUCAUGUCAGGGGCCAUCAGGUGAGGAAGAAAUAUAAACCCAUUAUCUGGUCAGUUGGAAUAUUGGAGAAGGUGAUUUUGCGGUGGAGACGCAAAAGAAGUGGAUUGCGUGGAUUUCGAUCAGAUGCCGUCCAGAAAGAACCGGAUGCCCAGAGCAGCUUGCCUUUGCCAGUGCCAGAAGAUGAUUACGACGUUCUAAAGGAAGGAAGAAAACAAACUGAAGAAAGGAUGCAAAAAGCACUAGCAAGGGUCCAAUCCAUGGCUCAAAAUCCAGAAGGGCGAGCUCAGUAUCGUAGGCUUCUAACUGCUGCUGAAGAGUUUCGUGAAAAUCAGGAUGGUUCGGAUAUGUCAUCGAUGUUCCCAGAAAUGAUGAGCGCGGACGAGGAUCUGCUCGACAUUUCCAGUCUAUUGGACGACGACACUUUCAUGUCUCUUGCCUUCGAGUAAGUGCAUACAUUGUAGUCCCCUCUAACUACAGGAAGACAUCAGUGUAUUAGUAUGUGUAGUUCUUGAGUUUGUAUAUAUAAUAUACACACAUCUCUAUGUUGUAGAAUGUCUAUAAUCAUUUUCGAUAAAGCUCUUUGGUCAUAAUAUGGCUGCUGGUCACACAGUGAGUUAAUGUUGAAACCAAUUUACAUA